CGGUAGAGACACGGCAGCACACGGGGAUCACACAGCCGCGGCUCCUUUGCUUCCCUCCGACCCGACGAGAUUUUUUUUACAAGCGACAUAACACGAGUAUGUUGGCGGUGUGAAGACGAACAGGAUGCCGCAGAACAACACUCUACUGAAUCUCUUUGCAGGGGGAUGUAGUGGUACGGUGGGAGCCAUCGUCACCUGCCCCCUGGAAGUGUUGAAAACACGGUUGCAGUCUUCUGGCCUCGCCCUUCGACCCAUCUUCCAGGUCCAGCUGGGCAGCUUAAGCGGAACUGGAGUUAUUCGACCGAGUACAGUAACUCCAGGGCUGCUUCAGGUCUUACGGUCAAUACUAGAAAAGGAGGGACCAAGAUCACUGUUCCGUGGCCUGGGGCCAAAUCUUGUUGGUGUGGCUCCCUCAAGAGCCAUUUACUUUACCGCAUACUCAAAAUCUAAAGAGACGCUCAAUGGGGUGUUUGUCCCGAAUAGUGGAGUGGUGCACAUGUCCUCUGCUGGUCUUGCAGCUUUCAUAACAAACUCUCUGAUGAACCCCAUCUGGAUGGUUAAGACCAGAAUGCAGCUGGAGAAAAGAGCCCGAGGAGAGAAGAAGAUGAAUGCGCUGCAGUGUGCCCGGUAUGUUUACAACACGGAAGGAAUUCGGGGCUUCUACCGAGGCCUGACUGCAUCGUAUGCUGGCAUCUCGGAGACCAUGAUCUGCUUCCUCAUCUACGAGACACUGAAGAAACACCUCGCCGAGAGCCAAUUCGCCUCCUCAAAUGGUGAAAAGGAGAAAGGAGCAUCAGACUUCCUGGGUCUGAUGAUGGCAGCUGCUUUUUCAAAGGGUUGUGCAUCCUGCAUAGCCUAUCCACACGAGGUAAUUCGGACAAGGCUGCGUGAGGAAGGCAGCAAGUACAAGUAUUUCUUCCAGACAGGGAGGUUGAUAGCGGUGGAGGAAGGCUAUGCAGCUUUUUAUAGAGGACUCAUUCCACAGCUAAUUAGACAGAUCCCUAACACGGCCAUCGUCCUCUCCACGUAUGAACUCAUUAUCUAUCUUCUUGGAGAAUCAAAGUGAAAGAAAUGCUGGAAAGUUGGGAUCCUGACAAACGAUGGAUUUCACACAGAACCCAAAAGACGCUGGGCAAAAGACUUUUGAAAAAGAAGUACCUACAUUUAGUUUAAUGUGGUGCUACAGAGACUUUUAUGAUGGAACUGAAGCAGGUUGUACUGUUAUCCAAAGAGCUAAACAUAUUUUAUUGUAAGCUUGUUGUUAUGAGUUUCUCAAAACAAGUCGUGGUACUUAAAUUGAAACUCCAAACCUGUGAAAAAAGGUCAUCUUUGCAGAGGACUAGUGUUAAGUUAACUAAAUUAUUGUAUAUUUUGUUCUUUUUUGACAUUGUUUGUUCCCUUUUACCAGUGGUAAAUGUACCAACACACAUGAUUGCGCAGGUUGACUCUUUUGGUAAUUCAGAUGAAGUGCUAGUAUUAGUGCUGUUCCUUGAACUGUAUCACCGCAAACCACUUUGGGUUUUUUGUUUCACAAAUUCACUGGUUUUGAAGUUGGAUUUACAGAUAAAUGUAUCAUAUUUUUCCUUAAUAUAUAUAUAUUAUCUGUCUAUCCAAUUAUAUGCAGGCUUAUCUGUAUGUUUUCUUUGUGGGGAAAAAGAUAGUCACCUUUUACAUAAUAUAAUGAAAACUUGAAUGCCUAUUUGACCAAUGGCUCAAUAAAAUGCAUCAAGAAACUAUAUUUUGGUGAUUCACCCAAAUACUGACGGAAUUCUGUUCAUACUAAAAUCUGCCAUUACUGUGAUUAAGGGGAAGAGCAGAUGUAAAGAUGCAGCAUCAGGAUAUUUAAGGGACUUGUUGGUUUUGUUUGGAAGUCCAAAUAUUCCAUUGACUUUAUUUUAUUAAGAAUUUCAGUUUGAAUGCUCAAAUAAAUUGGGAGGAAAUAAUGUGUCUCUAAAGGUGCGUUCACACCAACGUGGCUUAAGGAUUUCAUCCCGCAGUAAUGCCGCGAAUACGGUCACAUAUCUGGAAAUGUGUCUUCCACAUAUGCCUAAAAAGAUAUUCACCCCCUUUUUACAUUUUUGUACUAUUUUUUCAACAUUGAAUCACAGUAGAGCUAUUCUUUUAUAUUCGUAAGCAACAGAAAAGAAACAUUAUUUGAUGCCACGGUGAAUAAAAUGAAGUACAAAUUUAAAUUGGAUGCAGAAGUGUUCCCCUGAAAGUUGGUGUUUAAUUCUAAAGACAUCUUUGGUAGCAAUUACAGACUUGAUUCAGAGUGAAAGGCUUUAUUAUUUUUACACUGACAAUUUGGCCCCAAUAUUUUUUUUUAACCUGACAAUGGCCUGUAAAGUUGCAAAGGGACCACAGGUAAACACUUUUCCAGUCCUGCCACAAAUUCCAGAUGGGAUUAAGGCCUAGACUGAGAUUCGGUCAUUUCGCUUUGCGGCCUCCGGGAAAUACAUCUUCCACCUAAGUAGCAGCUCUCUUUCAGACUGAAGCAGGUUUUCAGGAUAUACUAUUUUCCACUAUUAAACUUCACCCACUGCCUUCCUUCGGGCCAGAGCUGGCCUCAGAGGAAGUGGCUCUGUUCUGGAUGACAUGUGGCUGAUCAUGGAUUCAAAUGAGGUACUGAAAAUGCAAACUCACUUGGUUACAAAACAAAAAAAGGAAAAGAAAAAACACCCUGCCCCGUAGGAAAGGUGAGUCAUCCCUGACCGGAAAAUGUGAAAUUAAAUCAAAUGUAAUUGAGCAUUUUACUUGUUGAGGAUUUAAGAUCUCAGACAUAUAAGCACAUGGCUAAUGUUUGGUUGAGUCAUCCACAUGGUCCUUUCCAUCUGGUAAGAACAUGGCUCAUGAUGGGAGGAAGUGGGAGCGUUGCAGCAGAAUAAUUGUGUUCUCGAUAAUUAUUUGAAUGGUGUGGUUAUCUGUGUCGACAAUAGGGAAGGAGGAACUAGUCACCCUUUCCCGGUUGUUCUUCCCACGCUCUGAAAUGUUUAGCCAACAACAUGAAACGGGUUUUGAAAAAUCCUUUGUACUGUUCUUUGAUUUCCUCAUACAUAAAGGUUACCAAAUGUUA